UUUAAUAAAAUUUUCCCCAUAAAUAGACAAGAAUAAACCUGGUGUGCUCCAUGAUUCCUGUUCUUUCCGACAACAAAGCACUUGAAUGAGACGACUUCAGAAGUGGGAAGUAGGAAAUUUCCGAUAGCACGUGAAGGCAGCAUGUUUUACAAAGCAGUUGCGAAUCGGUUCAACUGAAUCAAACCCUUUCAAAAGAACGAUUCCAUUGCGAAUCGGACAUCACUGAGGAGGGAUGAGGGAGGGGUGGAGUGGCCGAGGAGAGGCUGUCUGCGUUCAGAUGGAGGAUUAAGCUGGUCCCUGUCCUGACAGCAUCCAGCACACACUCGCAGCCCAAACAUUAUCCACACACCUGUCUGUCCCGUCUGAAUCAGCCGGAUCCACCUGCUCCCUUCAUCCCGUGCUGGCUCUCCAUCGCUGGACCGCACCGGUCCACACCCCCGGACCGGACCGGUGUCCUUUCAAACCACGAGCAGAUGAGUUCUCAUUGGUCCUGAUGGUUGUGAGGGCCCGCCUCCGCCACCUCUCAACCAAUCCACACAAGAGAGAUGUGACGUCCAAUCACACGCUGACAUUUCUGCGUUCUGGAGCUGUUAGGACACAAGCCACACCCAGUUAGAUGGAGGAGAGAGAGAGAAGCAGAAGUCGAUCUCCACGCAGGGUCCGUCGGGUGGAGCAGGUGGUGGGGAAAUGGCUGCGCCGUUCUCGAGACUCUCUCAGCAGGGAGCGUAUUUUAGGAGGCAGGAGGUCUCGCUCUGGGGAUUCGGGUCAGCAGAACUUCCCUGUGAAGGUGACGGUGGAGGUGAUCAGAGACGCUGUGCUGGACUCCCAUGGCUUCACUCUCUCAGCACAGCACCCCCUGCUGGUCAGGGAUGUCACUCCAGGAGGCCCAGCAGACGGGCAGCUUUUUCCUGGAGAUCAGAUCCUAAAAGUGAACAAUAAAGCCAUAGAAGAUCUUUCCCCUGAAAACACGGAGCAGAUAAUUAGGGAAUGCCAGGACUCUGUAACCAUGACGAUCCUCAGAAAUAUGACGAAUCCCAAGUCUUCAUUCAUAACAGCAGAGAAGAGGGCUCGCCUGAGAAGAAACCCCGUUAAAGUGCGCUUUGCAGAAGAGGUGGUGGUCAACGGACACACUCAGGGAAACUCUCUUCUCUUCCUGCCCAACGUUCUGAAGGUGUACCUGGAGAACGGCCAGACUAAAGCCUUCAAAUUUCACAAGACCACCACUGUCAAGGAUAUCGUGUUGACUCUGAAAGAACGGCUGUCCAUUCGAUCUAUUGAGCAUUUCUCACUGGUGCUGGAACAGCAAUAUAACAUCACCAAACUGCUGCUGCUGCACGAGGAGGAGCUCAUACAGAAGGUGGUCCAGAAGAAGGAUUCGCACGACUACAGGUGUCUGUUCAGGGUCUGUUUCAUUCCCAGAGACCCAAUGGACCUCCUGCAGGAUGAUCCCGUGGCCUUUGAGUACCUCUUCCAACAGAGUGUGGGAGAUGUGUUACAGGAACGCUAUGCUGUAGAGAUGAAAUGUAACACAGCGCUGAGACUAGCCGCUCUGCACAUGCAUGAGAAACUGGCGAGCUGCGGGCAGACGACAAGAGCAUCUGUUAAGAGCAUUGUUAAGGAGUUUGGUUUAGAGAGCUUCAUCUCUCCCACCCUGCUGAGGAACAUGAGAGAGAAAGAUCUGAGGAAAGCUCUCAACCACCACAUGAAGAAGAUCCAGUCGCUGCUAGAACCACGGCAGAAGGUGAUUUCUGCAUCUCAGGCCCGUUUGGCUUAUCUGACCCAGAUGGCGGAGCUGAUGUCAUACAGCGGGAGAAGCUACAACGCCACCAUGCUGCUGCAGGACAGGGAGUCGUUGGUGAGUUUGCUGGUGGGAGCGAGAUACGGGAUCAGCCAAAUACUAAACCACCAGCUCAACAUGAUCUCCACCAUCAUUGACUUCCACUACAUCACCCGAAUAGAGGUGCUCUCAGAGUCCGACAGAGUCAGCAUGGUCAAGAUCUACCUGCAGGACAUCCAGACCAUCUCUUUCUCCUGCAACUUGCAGCCUAUAGCCCUGUUAAUGGAAUCCGUAGCAGCUAAAGAUCUGGCCUGUCUCCUGGCUGGAUACUGCAAACUGCUGGUGGACCCCAACAUCAAUGUUUUUCGCUGGGGACCGAGACCUAAAAUGCGACGCAUUCCGGCAGAAGAAGGGUAUGUUUCUCGAUGUGGGAGCGAUUCUGAAGACAGUUCAGAGGAUGACUACGCCAUGGAGGGACUGCUGGACACUCCGCUGUCAGAGGACACUAUAUCCACUCAUACAAAUGAUGGCACGGAGGAAGGAGAGGAAGCCGAGGGGAAAAGUGAAGCAGAGGCAGAAAGGGUCAGAGUGAUUGUAACGCAUCCCUUUUUAGAGGACGAAGGAGACGAUGCAAGCAAGAGAGAUUCUGUUGGAAAUGAGGAUUACGCCGUGAGAAUGGACGCCCUUUUGGAGACUGGAUGGUACACGGAUCCUCGGAUCAACAGCAGCUUUUCCAGUUUGUCCAGUAACUCGCUGAACGCACUGGAGGAGAGUAUCAAGGCAGCCAUUGGUGGGCUUGGCCAUAUAGAUGCCUCUCUGGAAGAGAAGCCCAGUUCUGGGGCCUCAGGUCUGGAUGUCCAUCACCCUUUCCUCCUAGAGGCACCGGAGCGUUUGCAUGAGAGGGGCGGUUCAAACAAACCCGUACGACCUUGUGACCUGACCUACAAUAGUCACUCAGGCCUGUGCUUCUCUGAACUCUCCCAAAUGUCAGACAGCUUGCCAAGUCCGCCUGCGGCCAGCGACGAUGCAUUGAGUGAGGAGGACGAUGACGAUGAAGGAAAUGACGGUCGCAUUUCCGCCAUGUCAGCGGAAUUUGAGGCAGUGUUGGCCUCCUGUACCACUAACAGCAUAAAUGCUAAAUUAGCAGGAGUAAACUUUCAGGCACUCUUCACCAGGAUUCACAACCAUCCAGCAUGUAGACAAGAGGGAAAGAACUUCCCAAAGAACCAGACAAAUGAAGCUACACAAAAGGGACCAUCUUCAAAAAUAAUAGCACAAUCUGUGCUAAAAAGAACUGUGCCCUCAAAUGUCCUUGAAAAAUCGAAGGACUCUAGAGACAGUUUUUCAGAAUCUGAGGAUGAAUUUUAUGAUGCCCAAGAUCGAUUCACCCCUCCCGUCACAGAGCAAGGCCUCACAGAGAAAAGCUCACAUUUUGAGAACAUACGUCCUUCUCUUAGUAUUUAUGACAUCAAGGCUAGUGUGGACAAGGCAGAAGCUCAUGAAUUCAGAGACAGCAAGGAGGAGGACAGUGUCGCAUCAGAGAACCUCAAAGAAAAACCUUCUCUUGCCAACCAUUUCACCCCUCUGAUCCCUGAGUCUAAAAACCCUGAAUUGGAGGUCCAUCAGCCCUCAAUGAUUUUGCCCCCUAAACCUACACCUGUGGAGACUAAACCUUUCUCUGCUAACCACUCCAUGGGUCAGAAGGCCCAACACUGCAAUGGGGACAUCCCUGGCCGAAAUGCUCACCUUCUGGAGAUGGAGCCCGACACCAUGGAGUUUAAACCAGUCACGGGGCCUGGACCACCAAUGUCUUCCACACUAAUUACAGCUGUACGCCAAGCUACCCUUCCCCAACAGACUUUAGUAGACCUGGAGACUCCUCAAAAUGGACCUAGACCUCAAAAUGGAAUAUCUGACCAUGUCCCGGCCUGUCUAGAAAAGAAGACUACUCCAAAUCACAUUGAUCUUGAAGAACUUGAUAGUCAAGACAUUAAGCCAAGUCAGAAAGAGCCAACAAAUGCCAAAGGAACAACUAAAUUUGGGGAAAUCACAACAGACAGCAAGGGCACUCUACAGCAACAGUCAUCAGACUCUCUUGAAACUAAAAAAACAGAAAAUAAAGUCCCUCAGAUGAACACAAAGCCCCCAAUACCUCCAAAGCCAUCAUUCAUUGUUUUACAGCCACACUCAAAGGCAGUCAAUGCCCAGUCACAAAAACCUGAGGAAAAGACAAAAGUUCCCCCCAAUGGGCUUUCUCUACACCCCUGGUCUCAGAGAAAUGGUACCAGUGGUACCAGUACCUCCCCAGCCUCUACACUGAGUAAGGGUGUUUCUCUUAGCCACGAGAACCUAAGAACUGAACUAAAGGCUAAAAGCUCUACAGUCAAACCGACAAGUGCUUCAACCACUCCUACCCCAUCUCCAUCUCCCUUACCUUCUCCUUCAGUUCAGUCUGUAAAUAUUGUUCCUGAAGAUCCAGCUCAAACUGGGACUAGUUUCCCCAGUAGAACAGGCUCGUCCGGACGUCUGUCUACCACAGCCUUGCGUGGAAAAAUUCAGGAUAUGCCCUGGUACCUCACCCGUUCCCAAGAGAUCUUGGGGACUGUAGCACUCAGCAACACUAUUUCAUCAACAGGCAAUAAGACAACCAAUGGGACAGGUGUGAAUCAAGAAUCCAAGGUGUCCCCCAAGGCCACUUCAGUACCAUCUUUGAUUAACUGGAAAGAGAAAGAUGCUGAAGUAGUCAUUGUGAAGCUCAAAGAUGGACCGGAGGAAGUGACCCCAACUCCCGUGAAGGACACCAAUGGGAAACCUCCAACGUCAUCAAGCCAUCCUGACCUGAGGCAGAAAUUGUCCACAGAGGCCACAGAGUUGCACCGGCAAUUUGGGACCUGCAAGUCAGAACAACCUCAGGCACACAAAGGCAACCCUUCAGAGAUUCAACUUGACAAUGCUUCCUCUCUAUCCUCUGUAAGUCCUACCCAUCGUGAUGCAUGUGGCUGCCAUACAGUCUACGCCAACUGUUUCAGCGGAGAUACAGAGGACAACUGCGGCUUUGAUGAUGAUCUGACCGUCUACGAGUUCUCCCGUCGAAACCGGAUCAGUAAACCACCUCAACCCACCCCUGUUGCCUCCACUGCAACCCUCUCUGGUCCCUCUCCAAAUGUCCUAUCCCUACUCAGAGAUUCCCCUCGUCCCCUAUCCACAUCCUCAGAACUCAGUCCACUCCUGAUCCCACCCAGACCUUUGGAAUCUCUGUCCCUAGACCAAGGACCAAUAGAUAAUCCGCUCCGCUUUCUGCAAGGCCGCCAUUAUGUUACCGGUCAGAAAGGUACAGGGCUUAAAGACGGCUAUGCCUGUUUGCAGCGAGACAUUGAUGAACUUCUUUUGGUAUUGAAGAAAGGACCUUCUGCUGUACACCCUCCAACCCACAAGGGGGAAUGCCAAAACGACAAUGUGAAUAGGCAUUCGCUUUCAGAGACUGAGAGAUGCCUGGUUCAGACGGAGGCACGGAGGUUGGCAUCAGGAUGCCAGAGAGCCACACGGGUAGGAUGGGCACCUGACGAUGCUCUUCUGUCACUCGGAAACAGCUUUGGAGCCCUAGUGCAGCUCGCCUCAACCUGCAUGCGAGUUCCCUGUUCGGAUUGCGGAGGAUGUCAUGGAGAUAUUGAUGCAGAUGAGGCACUGGGGAAACUUGAGGAGAUCGUGGACCUGUAUAAGGAAUUUGUAGGCGCCGUAGAAACAACAAGAGAGGGCGAAGGUGUCAGGCUCUUAGCCAAGCAGUGUACUGUUCUCAUUUCAACAGUCUUCUCACUCACACAGCUGUUUCGGACACGGACACCAGACAUAGACAAUGGAAAUGUACCUCUGAACUUUUAAACUUUACCUUCCGGCACCCGCUUAAGGGAUCGUAGAGUGCGAGCAUAGAAUUGUACUUAAAGUAGCGAUGCCUUUCUGGCAUCUAAAAACUGAUUGUGUGCUGGCACACAAAAAUAAUAGUAAGUGCCGUGAACACACACACACAGUUAGCGAACUAACAAGUGAGAACUGUUACAUGUUAACCUGUUUGUCUUGCCAAGUCUCCCUAUAAACGUACUGGAAUUAUGCAUUCAGACAUAGCUAUUUUCUAACAGUUGUAUGUACAGUCUGUAGUACGUAUUUAUUUUUUACAUACAGUAUAUGUGCACCGUGGUUUCUAACCUGCCAUACCUGCAUUUUGUUUCUGUUUUUUUUUUUUUGUUUUAGGUGUAUGUGAAUCCCUACCUCUUGCUCUAACUGAGAUAAACAGUGUUAUGAAGCUUCACUUGUUUUUCACGUUUAGUUUAGUUGUGCUGCUCUUUACAGAUUGAAGGAACAAAGUGAACAGACACUCCACUAACCGCUAACAAUAGAUGCUGGGAUAAAACACUAAAAAGCCCAAAUACUUAUGCAGUAACGUUUCACCAGACUAUCCCAAAGGAUUUUAGUCUGCGAUACAGAAUGAGAGUUGAUGGCAAUAGAAGUGUGUCCGUUUGGGAUUUUUGUAAUUGUAUGUCGGCGUGUCAAGUUUGGCUUUUGACAUUAGUUUUUAUAUUGGCUUCUCAGCUGACUGUUAACCACAGAGAUUGGUGUGGUCCAAAGACAUAAUAGCACAAUUGGGGCGUGUUUACACAACAACGUUGUCACCAUGUUACUGUAGCACCCUGUGACCAAUCCCACCGAUAGCUAAACCACACAAUUUCUCACUCGUCCCUCAUUUUUGACUAUGCAAGCUUCACAAUUUAUAUUCAAAAUUUUCCACGUAUUAUACUUUCUUACAUUUUAUACAUAUCAAAAUUUUCAAUUUGUUGUAAAUCACUAAUAUUUUCACUUUAGAGGACUUCCCUGGCAAACUUAGGCCUUAUAUUUUAUCUUGGAGGAUCGUUGUGAAAGUUUUUUCAGUUGCAUCAUUAUGCAAAUGCAGAGUAUAUAUUUAUUUUGCCUUUUGUUCAUUUAAACAAAAAGGUUCAGGACAUGUUUUUCCUUUCAUUUUUACAAGUGGUGAACUAUGGAAUCUUGUUUCCGCCACUAAAUAUAAAAUAAAAAAGGCAAUUGAGACAUUUAUCUCACAAUUGUAACUUUUUGUUCUCAGAAUUGCAUAAUAUAAAUUCGCAAUUCUGACUUUAUAACACACAAUUGCAAGUUAUAAAGUCAAAAUUGCAAGUUAUAAAGUCAGAUUUGCGAGUUAAAAAGUCAGUCUUUUUUUCCCCUCAGAACUGGACUUUAUAACUCGCAAAUGCAAAUUUAUAUCUCACAAUUCUCAGAAAAGAAGUCAUAAUUGCGAGAAAAAAAGUCGCAAUUCUAACUUUAUAAACUCGCAAUUCUAACUUUAUAAUGCAAUUGUGACUUUAUAUCACACAAUUCUGACUAUAACUCACAAUUGUGAGAUAUUACAUUUCUGAAUUUAUAACUCGCAAUUGUGAUUUAUAACUCGCAACUGUGAGGAAAAAAAGUCAGAAUUGAGAUAAAAAGUCACAAUUAUCUUUUUUUUUAUUCUGUGGCGGAAACAAGCUUCCAUAGUGAAAAGCACCAUAUUUAGUAUACAUUAAAUAUUUUUUCUCAUUAGUGUAAAUCAUCUUUGAGGAAGGCCAGAAACAUACUCCAUACAAAUAUGUGAAUGCAAAUGCUUCUAAUGACACCAGCUCAAUUUCAUUGCGGAAAAAACAAUGCGGUACAAGUUGCUUUGCCUGUUUAGCAUCAUUGCAAGGGGUGCCAUUGCACAUUAGUGUAAACGGCCUAAUGUCAAGGCUGAGCAACAGUUUGAAGAGAAUCUUGCUGAGCAAGUUAUUAUAGCCAGUUAGCAGAAUAACAACAACUCCAACAUCUGAAGGAAACUCUAUCGCCCCCUGGGUUUGUUUAUGCAACAGAACAUGUUAAGUAUGUUAGUUGGAAGCGCACACUUGCAGUGCAGUUCUCAAUCAUUCAUGUGUGCAUUUCUGUACUUGCAUGGAGUUUGUUUCAGGUCCUAAAAUGCUCAUUUUGGAUUUAGCUGUCAUUAUUCAGAAAAAUAUGAUUGGGGAGAUCAUCAAAGAUCUAUCCUCUGAAUUUUGAGUACUCGAGCAGAUUCAGUUGCCCUGAUCUGAUCUCAGACCAGUAUUUUGUGGUAUAACAGUCAAGGGUUAAAAUUCUGUCUGUUUCCAGAUCAGGUUUAAAAGGGAAACUUACACCCAGAAUACAUAUUUAAAUCGCCCAGAUCACAUGACCAACUUGAGGUCACUGGAUGGAUUAUGACAUCAUACUUGUUCAGUUCUAACUAAGUUACUUGACAUUAGAGAAGUGCUUCCAGAUGGCAAGAAUAUCACCCAUAUUAGACACUCCACCCCCAUUAUACAAACACACACACACACACACACACACACUGCCAGACACUUGUGGUUAUCAAGUCAGAAGACACAAAGCUAGUUUGCAUCAAGGGAAAAGUCAUGAGAAGGAAAGAGAUUAAUAUGUAAUCUGUUAUCAUUCAUACUUUUCACAGAAAUUACUUUCAUAUCGAGCAUCAGAGAGCAAACAUGUUUCUGUAUAAAAUCUUCCUGUAAUAUGAAGGUCCUAUGAAUGAUGAAGACUGCCAUUGCAUUUGUAGCAAAUAUGAAGCAAAAAAAAAAAAAAAAACUGCUUGUAAGGACCAUAUGUAUUGAGACAUGUUGUAUGCAGAUCAAAGUGUGCAAAACAAUAAUCUUAAAUGUGGCUGUAUGUGAAUAUGAAGGCAAACAUCUGGAUGAAAUGAGAAGGGACAAUCGAGAGUACGUUUUGCAUUUCCUCUACUGUGUUCAUGAUAAUAAAGGUUUGAGUUUGAAUGACAAA